GUUGACGUGUCCUCGUUCUCCGGAUGCUCCUCACAGUAUUUUCUCAAAAGUUCCAAGGAAAUUUAGCGAUUACACUUGAACUAGAUCGCUACGUUAGGUCACGACAAGCAGGAGCAGGAUGGCAUCAUCCAGUUACGGAUCUCCCACUGAAGUUCUGGUUGGUUUCGUGUCUCCCACUGAGGUUCUGCUUGGCAGGCAACAACGUGUGAGGGUUGAGAGGACUGAAGAACUACCAGCAAACAUUGUUAGCAGUCAGGCUAACUUUCCCCAGGUGCUAAAACCUUACUUUGACCAGGAAACGGAAGAUGGAAAAUGUCAGAUUUCUGGUGAGCACGACUUUGCAACAAGUGAGAAGACUAACUCAGGCGACCUUAGCAACCAUACAGCUGUGCAUACGGGAGACAAACCGUACAAGUGCGAUAAGUGUGACUUUUCAGCAAGCCGUAAAGAAUAUCUGAAGCGGCACAUGAUUAAACACCUUCCAGCAGAGCAGAAGCCCUACAAGUGUGACCAGUGUGACUACUCCUCCGCUCAGAAAGAGCACCUUAAAGCACACAUGGUAAAACAUGGAGGGGAAAAACCGUACAAGUAUGACCAGUGUGAUUAUGCUACAGGUUGGAGGAACCGUUUGACAACACAUAUGGUCAAGCACACCGGUGAGAAACCCUUCGUGUGUGAAGUGUGCGAGUUCAGCUCGGCCAGCAAACACAGGCUACAGCUCCACAAGCAAACCCACACUGGGGAGAAGCCGUACAAGUGUGACCAGUGUGACUACACAGCCAGCAGGAAGGUUUACUUGGCUCGACACAAGACCAAACACACCGGUGAGAAACUCGCCUGCUCCCUGUGUGAGUACAGUACGACUGACUCGGGUCGCCUUAGUAACCACAUGGCCGUGCACACGGGAGAAAGGCCGUACAAGUGUGAUAAGUGCGACUAUUCAGCAGUCCGUAAGGACCACCUCAAGCAACACAUGUUUAAACAUCUGUCAGCUGAGGAGCAACCCUACAAGUGUGACCAAUGUGACUUUUCUGCAGCACAGAAAGUGAAUCUUAAGGCACACAUGGCAAAACAUGGAGAGAAACUGUACAAGUGUGACCAGUGUGAUUAUUAUACAGGUCGAAGGGACAGUCUAACAACACACAUGGCAAAGCACACUGGUGAGAAACCCUACAUGUGUGAAGAGUGCGGGUACAGGACAGCCGAAAAGUUCUGUCUCUCCCAACACAUGAAGAUACACACAGGUGAGCCGUACAAGUGUGACCAGUGUGACUACUACUCGGCUAGGAAAAACGACUUGGACAUACACAGGCGAAAACACACCGGUGUUAAACCCUACAUGUGUAAGGAGUGUGGCUACACUACAGUCAGCCAGGCCUAUCUCACUAGACACAUGAGGGUACACACAGGAGAGAAGCCCUACAGGUGUGACCAGUGUGACUUCUGCACAGCGUGGAAAGGGUGCUUGACUAGACACAUAGAAGAGCACACUGGUGAGAGACCCUACCUGUGUGGGGAGUGUGGGUACAGGACGACCAAGUCCAACCUGCACAGGCAUAUGAAGAUACACUCAGGAAACAAGCCGUACAGGUGUGAGCUGUGUGAGUACUGCACGCAUAGGAAGGGGAGUUUGGCAAGGCACAUGGCCACUCACUACUAAAGGGGAGCCCCACUUCACCCAACCACCUUUACAAGCUCUGCACGUCAUUUUUUGCUAUAAUGUGUCUUUUUCGAAAUUCAUAUCAGCUUUGCUAGUACAAUUUCCUUUGGCAGGUCUCCAUAAAGCCUUGGUAUCUCAGGAAAUCAGCCAAAAAAACGUGGCACUGAGAGAACUGUAGUCCAUCAGAAAACAGCCAAGCAGACUAAGUCUAGCUGGUUUUUAUUUUUUGCGGAAGAGCUGAUUUUCAACAUGGGCUAAAGUUCUCUAAUGCCGGGAGAGGGAUUCCGCACUGGUCAUAGACCUAUGAUAGAACCAUGUUGAAUAUCACAAAUCAGCACUCCCCCCAUGAAUACUGGUAAAAUCAAGCACUGUUCAAAUCAAAUCAAAUCAAACUUUAUUUAAUCGAACUUGGCAGUCUAAAAUUCAGACUGAAGUCUCCAAGGAGGCUCUUUCACAUAGAGUCAGCUAAAGAGGCUACACUUUCAUGCCAGUAUCAUGCCAGUUUGUAAAUA